AUGUCCUCGACUUUUCUGUUCUCACUCGACAACAGCAUCGUGGCUGAUAUCCAACCAGCAAUCAUCAAAAGCUUGGGCGGAGUCGAGAAGCUUGGCUGGCUCGGUGUUGCUUUUAUCCUCGGCACCCUUUCCACGAUUAUCUUAUGGGGCAAGAUCAUGGGCCUCUUCAACGUCAAGUGGGCCUACAUCACGUCAAUUGUCAUAUUUGAGGUGGGCAGUGCUAUAUGCGGCGCUGCUCAGACCAUGGACGCUAUGAUCAUCGGCCGAGCUCUUGCUGGCGUUGGUGGUGCUGGCAUGUACGUCGGCUGUCUGUCUCUUCUCUCUUUGACCACUACGAUCCGCGAGAGGCCGAUAUACAUGGCAUCGAUUGGCUUCACCUGGGGCGCUGGAACUGUGCUUGGCCCUGUGGUUGGUGGUGCAUUUGCCGAGAAUACACAUGCUACAUGGCGGUGGUCUUUCUACAUCAACCUCUGCAUUGGCGCUCUAUUUGCCCCAGCAUUCCUGUUUCUCCUGCCAUCAAGCGAUCCAAAAAGAGGUGUCCCGCUUUCCAGUCGUCUGAGACAGCUGGACUACAUCGGAGUCGUAUUGAGCAUUGGCUUUCUUACUCCCUUCGUCAUGGCCAUCAACUUUGGCGGUACUGUCUAUGCUUGGGACAGUGGACGAGAAAUUGCUCUCUGGGUUGUAUCUGGUGUAGUUUUCCUGUCUUUUUGCAUCCAGCAGAAACUUGCAUUCAUGACUACCAAAGAAAACCGGCUGUUCCCGGGAGACUUUCUGCGCAUGUAUGACAUGUGGCUGCUCUUCAUCUGCAUGGCAUCCGCGUCUACCAGCGUUUUCGUUCCUACCUACUAUAUUCCUCUCUACUUUCAGUUCGUGCGUGGAGACCAGCCGCUCGAUGCCGGAGUUCGUCUCUUACCAUUUAUCUGUGUCAUGGUCUUCUGCGGCCUCCUCAGUGGUGCCUUGAUGACUAAAUCCGGAUACUAUAUGCCCUGGUUCCUGCUUGGAGGCUGUCUGACCCUGACUGGCGGCGCACUCAUGUAUACCGUCGGUGAAAAUAAUUCAACGUCGUAUGUCUACGGCUCAAUGGCAGUCACUGGUGCCGGCGCUGGCCUCUAUAUCCAGGCAUCGUAUGGAGUUUCACAGGCAAAAGUGGCCGCUAACCGAGUUUCCGACGCUGCUGGCUUCAUAUCCUUCGCUCAGUAUCUAGGAAUCACCUUGUCAUUGGCAAUAUCUGGCUCUGUCUUUCAAAGUGUUGCGUUCGACAACCUGGUGCCUCUUUUCCCUGACGAGCCUGCCAGUAAGGUCAGAAACAUCAUCACAGGUGCUAGUGGUGAUCUUUUUACGACAUUAAAGGGAUCGAUGAGACAGGAGGUUUUGGCCGUCAUUAUCGAUGCCAUGAGCGAGACCUACAUUCUAGUCAUUACAGCAGGGGCUGUUACUAUCAUUAGCGCCGCGCUUAUGAAGCGGGAGCGACUUUUCACAGAGUAG